CAAAUCAAACCCUCAACUCACUCAUACAAACCAAAAACUACUCCAAUUCUAACUAACAGAUACGAUGGCAGCUUCAUCCAUGGCUCUCUCCUCCCCUUCCUUCGCCGGCCAAGCCGUCAAAUUAUCCCCCACCGCCUCCGACCUCCUCGGCGAAGGCCGCAUUACCAUGAGAAAAACCGCCGGAAAGCCCAAGCCCGUUUCCUCCGGUAGCCCAUGGUACGGCCCCGAUCGUGUCAAAUACCUUGGCCCAUUCUCUGGAGAACCCCCAUCCUAUCUUACCGGAGAAUUCCCCGGUGACUACGGUUGGGACACUGCCGGCCUCUCCGCCGACCCCGAAACCUUCGCCAAAAACCGUGAACUCGAAGUAAUCCACUCGAGAUGGGCCAUGCUCGGAGCCUUAGGCUGCGUAUUCCCGGAGCUCCUCUCCCGCAACGGAGUCAAAUUCGGCGAGGCUGUGUGGUUCAAAGCUGGAUCACAAAUCUUCAGCGAAGGUGGGCUCGACUACUUGGGGAACCCAAGCUUGGUGCACGCACAGAGCAUUCUAGCGAUUUGGGCUUGUCAAGUAGUGCUCAUGGGCGCAGUGGAAGGGUACAGAAUUGCUGGGGGUCCGUUGGGUGAAAUCACUGACCCGAUUUACCCAGGUGGGAGCUUUGAUCCAUUGGGGCUGGCUGAUGAUCCAGAGGCAUUCGCGGAAUUGAAAGUGAAGGAGCUUAAGAAUGGUAGAUUGGCUAUGUUCUCGAUGUUCGGAUUUUUCGUACAAGCAAUUGUAACUGGGAAAGGGCCAUUGGAGAAUUUGGCUGAUCACUUGGCUGACCCUGUUAACAACAAUGCUUGGGCCUAUGCUACUAACUUUGUACCUGGAAAGUGAGGUGUAAGUUGUUAGUGUAAUUGUGUGUGUGUUCUCUUCAUGUGCCCACGGAUUCUUGUUUUUAAUGCAUCCUUUUAUAAUGUGUUUAUUAUUAUAGUUUUAUGUUUGUUAAUGGAAUUCUCAACUUUUUAAUUGGGUGUGUGUUGUGAAUGUUAACUAAUCUUACAUUUUUGUUGA